AUGGGCGGCGUUGUGCUGCUGGUGUUCGUCAAGGACGAGGUGGAGGGAUGGCUCCCCGCGACGGUAGGGGCCACCAACGGCCAGGGGGAGGACAUGUUGCUCGAGCUCGUGCACGAGGACGGACGUACUGAGGUGCGCGGCGUUUUUUCUUGUCGUAGGCCAAUCAAGUUUCCUCCCUCUGCAAAUCAUACCGCGUUUUUCCUUAUUGGUGUUGUCGUGGAUUCGGCUGUUUGGCCAUUCAAAACUCCUCCCUCGCAAAUCAUGCCUCGUUUUUCCUUAUUCCUGUUGUCGUAGAUUCUGGUGUUUGGCCAAUCGCAUAACUUUCUCUGCAAAUGAAGUUGAUGCUGUUUCGGGGGUUCUGUGUGAUUUUUUUUUUUCUCUUGGUUUUUGCCGAAGUAGUUUUGUGUACCCUUCUUGGGGAAGUCAGCCUGUGGCCACGAAACGCGUCCGUCCGCGUCGGCAGUACUUGGUACCGACGCUAGAAGGUACUGAGCAGAGACUUUUUAGUGGAACGUUUUUUUUUUGUCAGGACAACAACAACAAAAGCAAACAACGUUGAAAACUGGGGCAUACUGGAAAGUCAAGAACAAACGGUACUAGAGCUAAAGUCUUGGAGGCCAUCACAACCAUGCCUAAUAUUCUUCGCGGCGAGAAACAGCGACAAAGGAGGGGAGGGGGAGGGGAUGCCUCUCUUUCUGCUACUGCUAAGAUCUGCAAGGUGUCAGGUGAUGUUUACCGGUUCAUUAGGGUCCCUGUAGUCAGAGGCGAACACCCUUCUUCUGCGAUGCGUCAACGGCAGUAUUCAGAGCGAGA